AUGGAGCAUUUUAUUAACAUGACCGAGAUCAAGCAGACUCAGGCUGAAGCUAAGCUAUGCAGCCAAAUGAUGGUGGACUCUCAAAGCCCUACACCCGUCUCGCAGUCUGGGCACGAAUAUGCUCUGGCGCGACCACCAACCUCCAAGCCUGAAGAGAGACAUGCACUUCCCAAGGUGCGCAAAUUGGCAAACCCCGCUCCCUUGGGUCUGUGUGCAUUUGCACUCACCUCCUUCAUGUCGAAUAUUAUGAACGUGCACCUGGGCUUGACAAUAGCCGCGGAAAACGUUGGCUCCGCGCUGGUCUAUGGUGGCACUGUCCAACUACUCGCCGGCAUGUGGGAAAUGGCUCUUGGCAAUACGUUCAGCGCUACGUCAUUUUGCUCGUACGGUGCCUACUGGAUCACCUUUGGGGUCAUAUCCAGCCUUGAGGGAACUAAGAUUGUCGCUGCCCCCGAUACAGUGUGCCAAAAAGAGAUGCUGAUGGGCCUCUUCCUUUUGGCAUGGUUUAUUUUCACCACGAUGAUGCUCCUUUGUACGCUCAAGUCAAGCCUGGCGAUUUUUCUGUUGUUCUUCUUCCUCGACAUGUACUACCUCCUCCUUGGCAUUGCGAACAUGCAGUGCGAUCAAGGACACGUCCCUGCAUCUAUCCAAAGGGUGGGAGGAUACUUUGGGUUACUAGCAGCCUUCACGGCCUGGUAUAAUGCAUUCGCUGGUCUAUUCGAUACUAGCAAUGGCUUUUUCAACGUUCCUCUGGGCCACUUCCCUUGGUCGCCUGUUGUGAGGUCCCAUCAAGGACAGUUCAAUAGGAAACUGGGUGUGUGGGGUCUCCCAAUUAACCUCUUCGCCCUGGCAUAUACUGCAUGGGUCACUGUCUGGCUCGCGUUUCCUACAUACCUGCCUGUGACGGGUGAGAACAUGAAUUACGCUGCGCCCAUCUUCGUUGCGUCCAUCUUCGUUGCGUCGACCCUCUUUGCACUCGUUUACUGGUUUAUCAAGGGACGCACGCGUUCGGAGGGCUUAAAUAAGGAGUUUAUGCGAUUGGCAGUGGACAACGGUGAGCUGCAGCUCAAGUAA